AUGUCACGCCUUCAGGUCCGCUCUUUCUCCAGCUCCGUUUCCUCAUGCGCCAACGAGCUGCUGAACGAACUCCACGACCAUCUUGGCUUCGGGACACUCAGGCCAGAGCUCGCGCACCAACUGUUCGACGAAAUGCUGCACCAACCUGUCACAGUAUCAGUACAUGCACUCAACGACUUAUUUGCUGCCCUCGCGCGUGCGCCGGCCUCACCUGCCUGCACCGAUGGCCCUGCCCUCGCCAUUGAUCUCUUCAACCGCAUGGCCCGAGCAGGCCGUCGCCAGGUGCUAGCACCCUCCAUGUACACCUACAACAUACUAAUUGAGUGUUGCCACCGAGCAUGCCGCCCAGACCUAGGGCCUGCCUUCUUCGGCCGCCUCCUCAAGACAGGCAUCAAGACGGAUGUCGUUACCUACAGCAGCUUACUCAAGUGCCUCUGUGACAUGAAGCGAAUGGAGGACGCUUUGGGCGUGCUGCUCCACAGGAUGCCCGACGACCUGCCUAAUGUCAUCUCCUACUCAGUAAUUCUCAAGAGUUUCUGCGACAGUGGUAGGAGCCAGCUUGCACUUGACUUGCUCCGGAUGAUGGCCGAAAAAGGAUCUGACCACUCUCCCAGCGUGGUGUUAUACAGCUUGGUAAUCGAUGGCUUCUUGAAGGAGGACCUAGGGCUUGCCUUCUUCGGCCGCCUACUCAAGACAGGCAUCAAGACGAAUGCCAUUACCUACAGCAGCUUACUCAAGUGCCUCUGUGACAUGAAGCGCACGGAGGAGGCUUUGGGCGUGCUGCUCCACAGGAUGCCCGACGACCUGCCUAAUGCCAUCUCCUACUCAGUAAUUCUCAAGAGUUUCUGCGACAGUGGUAGGAGCCAGCUUGUGCUUGACUUGCUCCGGAUGAUGGCCGAAAAAGGAUCUGACCACUCUCCCAGCGUGGUGUCAUACAGCUUGGUAAUCGAUGGCUUCUUUAAGGAGGGUGAAAUAAGCAAAGCAUGCAAUCUGCUCCAUGAAAUGAUGCAGCAGGGCUUGAUCCAAGGAUAUUCAACUUUGGGCCAGUUGAAAGAAGUCGCUAGGCUGUUGAAAGCAAUGAGAAGCCAAGGCAGUAUGCCAGGCGUUGUUAUUUGCAGCUCAGUCAUGGACUACCUUUGCAAGCAUGGAAGAAUCAAAGAUGCCGAGGAAAUAUUUUACUCCAUGGCCGUGAAUGGCCGAAAACCAGAUAUAGUCUCAUACACUAUUAUGCUCCACGGGUACGCUAUAGAAGGAUCCCUUGUUAAAAUGAUUGAUCUCUGUGAGCUGAUGGCAAGAGAUGGAGUUGUACCCGACCUCCGUUGUUUCAACAUACUGAUUAAUGCAUAUGCUAAGUAUGGCAUGAUGGAUGUGGCCAUGCUUUUCCUUGAAGACAUGUUGAAGCAGGGUGUGAAGCCUAAUGAAUUCACUUAUUUAACUGUGAUAUCUGCAUUUUGCAAGAUGGGCAGGAUGGAUGAUGCGAUGGAAAAAUUCAGUGAGAUGAUUGAUAUGGGAGUACCAGUUGACACCGAAGUUUACAUGUGCAUGGUUGAGGGUUAUUUUAAUCAUGGUGAUUCCAUGAAAGCCGAGAAAUUUAUUACCAAAAUGAAGAACAGGGAUAUUCAUCAUAAGCUGCGGAAAGUUGGAUAUAUUGCCUAG